CUGGCCGCCGCAUUGCGCAUUUGCAUAUAUAUCAGAAAACGCUAUCUCUGCAAACAAAGGAGAGCUAAAAAAACGACGAUUAAUUAGUUAUGGUUACCUCCGGCUUCCGCUGGAUUCUCCCUGUUUGUUUUGUCGUUUUACUGCUCUGCUCCGCCACCUGCGGCGGACACGGCGACCUCGACGCGCUGUUGAAGCUCAAGGCCGCCAUGAUCGGCCCCAAACGUUAUGGGCUCGAGGACUGGAACCCUUUCUCAUCUCACUGCUCCUUUUCUGGCGUUCUCUGCGACCGCGACUCCAGAGUCGUUUCUCUCAACGUCUCGAAUCUUCCCCUCUACGGCACGAUAGCGGCCGAGAUUGGGCUGCUUGACAAGCUCGUCAACCUCACAAUUGCCGGCAACAACUUCACCGGGAGGCUUCCGGCCGAGAUGGCCAACCUCAUCGAUCUCAAGCACCUGAACAUCUCCGGCAACGUGUUCCACGGCAGCUUCCCCAUCGAGAUCGUGGUGGGGAUGACGGAGCUGGAGGUUCUCGACGCCUACAACAACAACUUCACCGGGACACUUCCCGUCGAGCUCGUCAGUCUCAAAAACCUGAAGCACCUCCAGCUUGGCGGGAACUUCAUUACCGGCGAAAUUCCAGAGAAUUACUCGGAGAUACAGAGCUUGGAGUAUUUGGGUGUCAACGGUAAUUUGCUCAGCGGAAGGGUCCCCGCGAGCUUGAGUCGGUUGAAGAAUCUCAGGGAACUGUACGUAGGGUACUAUAACAGUUACGACGGUGGAAUUCCGCCGGAGCUGGGAUCGCUGAGCUCGCUGCAAAUCCUCGACAUGGGCAGCUGCAACCUCGUGGGCCCCAUCCCCACCACUCUCAGCCUUUUGAAACACUUGCACACUCUAUUUUUACAGGUGAACCGCCUCAGCGGUAGCAUUCCGCCGGAGCUCUCGGCGUUGAACAGGCUCAUGUCUCUUGAUCUCUCCAUCAACGAGCUCUCCGGAGAGAUACCGGAGAGCUUCUCGGAGCUCAAGAACAUCACGCUCAUCAAUCUGUACAGGAAUAAUCUCUACGGUCCGAUUCCAAAGUUUAUCGGCGAUUUUCCUCAUCUAGAGGUGCUUCAAAUAUGGGAGAACAACUUCACAUUCGAGCUGCCGGAGAAUCUUGGGCGGAACGGCAGGCUUAAGGAGCUUGACGUCACCGGAAACCACCUUACCGGACUGAUUCCACGGGAUUUGUGUACAGGAGGGAAUUUGAAGACGGCUAUUUUGAUGGAUAAUCACUUCUUCGGGCCGAUUCCCGAGGAACUCGGGCGGUGCAAUUCGCUGACGAAAAUCCGAAUGAUGAAGAACGCUCUCAGCGGAACAAUUCCAGCUGGAAUUUUCAGUCUGCCCAAUUUGAUCAUGAUCGAGCUAAACGACAAUUUCUUGUCCGGCGAACUUCCAGAGCAAAUGUCUGGGGGAAAUAUUGGAAUCCUCACACUUUCCGGGAAUCAUCUUUCCGGAAAAAUUCCGCCGGCGAUUGGGAAUCUCAAGAGCCUGCAAACUCUUUACCUGGAGAUGAACGGAUUUUCCGGCGAAAUUCCGUGGGAAAUCUUUGAUUUAAAGUUGCUGUCGAAGAUCAACUUCAGCGCCAACAGCCUCAGCCGCAAAAUUCCGGAUUCGAUUUCUGGCUGUUCUUCCCUGACGUCCGCCGAUCUCAGUCAAAACAGUUUGGUUGGUGAAAUCCCGAAAGGAAUUGCGAAGCUGAAAGUCCUGAGCAUUCUCAAUUUCUCCCGAAACCAACUCACCGGCGAAAUCCCCGUCGAAAUCAGAUACAUGACGAGCCUCACGACUCUCGACCUCUCCGACAACAAUUUCGUCGGCAGGUUACCAACCGGCGGUCAGUUCCUGGUCUUCAACGACACCUCAUUUUCCGGAAACCCCCAUCUCUGCUCCCCACGCAGCGUCCAGUGCCCGUUGUUCCAUCGCCCUAAACCGUUCGCUACCUCCAAGAUCGCUCUCAUCGUCAUCGGACUCUCUACGAUUCUGUUAUUCUUGUUCAUAACGGCGUACCGGAUGAGUAGGAGUAAAAUCCAAAACUCUCGGGCGUGGCGGCUCACCGCCUUCAAGCCCCUCGGUUUCAGAGCAGAGGAUGUCCUGGAGUGCCUUAAAGAAGAGAACAUCAUCGGAAAAGGCGGCGCCGGGAUAGUCUACCGCGGGUCAAUGCCUGACGGUGUCGACGUGGCGAUCAAACGGUUAGUUGGGCGAGGAACCGGGCGAAACGAUCACGGUUUCUCGGCCGAGAUAAAGACGCUGGGAAGAAUCCGACACCGGAAUAUCGUGAGGCUGUUGGGUUACGUGUCGAACAAGGACACAAAUCUGCUGCUGUACGAUUACAUGCCGAAUGGGAGCUUGGGAGAGCUGCUGCAUGGGACGAAGGGCGGGCACUUGCAGUGGGAGAGGAGGUAUCGGAUCGCCGUGGAGGCCGCCAAGGGACUCUGUUACCUCCACCACGACUGUUCGCCGUUGAUUAUUCACAGGGAUGUUAAGUCCAAUAAUAUUUUGCUGGAUUCGGAUUUGGAGGCCCACGUUGCAGAUUUUGGGCUCGCUAAGUUCUUGCAGGGUGCUGGGGCUUCCGAGUGCAUGUCUUCCAUCGCUGGGUCGUACGGUUACAUUGCUCCCGAGUACGCUUACACACUCAAGGUUGACGAGAAAAGCGACGUGUACAGCUUCGGCGUGGUGCUGUUGGAGCUAAUAACAGGGAGGAAACCGGUGGGGGAAUUCGGAGACGGGGUGGACAUAGUAAGAUGGGUGCGGGAGACAACGUCGGAGCUCCCCCAGCCGUCGGAUACAGCGUCAGUACUGGCGGUGGUGGACUCCAGGCUCUCCGGGUACCCGCUGGCAGGCGUGGUACACCUGUUCAAGAUUGCCAUGAUGUGCGUCGAGGACGAGAGCCCCGCCAGGCCAACGAUGAGGGAAGUGGUACACAUGCUCACCAAUCCUCCGCCCGCCGCUCCAACUCCGAGCCUGCUCAACCUUUGAUUGGAUACUCUCUUCUGGAUUAAUGUUCUUGAGUAAAUAAAAGCGUAGCAUCCAGAAAAAUAAAAUAAUGAAUUGCAAGGAGUAACAAGUAGUCGAUUUUUGUUUCAUCAUUGUAAAUGUCUCGAAAAAAGUUCGACUUAUCUAUGAACAUGCUUCCAUGCAAUUUUCGCAAAA